ACUUUGAAGAAUAUAGUUUGGUAUACAGACAGACAGCUGACUGAGAUCUCAUUGGGCGGUCUUAUAGUGCUUGUGAUAAUCAGAACAAUUCAAUUCAAUAUGUCCAGAGCCCGGGAUCGGUUCCUUCACACCAAUCUAUGCGCUACUUUAGCCAAUAUGUCAAAUCAUUUUAAACGACUCAAUCCAUACGUGUGUCAAAGGCUUGUCUCGCUUUUUGAGAAGUUGUCGAAGAAGUUCACCAAAAUUCUCAAAGACAUACAACUGAAUGAAAGCAAGACCAAUGGUGUGGAGCAGUCGGAUGUCAGUUCGGACUGCGAGACCAGUUCACUGGCGCCCGAAUUAACGCAAGACAUGUCUAUUUUUGAAGAAGUAUUGCGAAUGAUUCUGGAGAUAAUAAACGCUUGUUUAGCCGCACAGUUGACCAAUAAUCCCAAUUUGGUCUAUACUUUACUAUACAAACGACAAGUGUUGGAACCGUUUCACUCGCAUCCAUGCUUUCAGGACAUUGUUAUGAACAUUGAGACAGUUCUCACUUACUUCUCAAAUCGCAUUGAAGGCAUUGAUCGAAAUCUUUCGGUUUCCGAAGUCUAUGAAAUCAUCCAACAGUCGUCUCUUCAGUGGCCUUCAGAUAGGCUUAAGAAAUUCCCAGAAUUGCGGUUUCGUUACGUGGAAGACGAACAGCCGGAGGAGUUCUUCAUUCCCUACAUUUGGUCUCUUGUGUUCCACAGACUUCCAUUCAGUAUUCGAGUACUUCUUGAGUCUGCGAUCAGAAGUUGUGAUGGAUUUCAGGUCAAAGAAAAAGAUGUCGAAAAAAUCAUUGAUUGGGAAAUACAACAGAAAUCAAACGCCGAAAUCCCUUUCAAACCAUCGAGAGUUAUAUUACAAGACUUGACAGGCGUUCCAGCGGUUGUCGACUUCGCCGCGAUGAGAGAGGCGUUUCAAACUCUUGGCGGAGACCCAAACAAAAUCAAUCCCUUAUGUCCGGCAGAUCUGGUGAUUGACCAUUCAGUUCAGGUGGACUUCUCGAGAACUGCGGAAUCGCUUCAUCGCAACGAAGAACUCGAGUUUCAGCGAAACAAAGAGAGAUUUGAGUUCUUGAAAUGGGGAUCGACUUCACUCAAGAAUACGACAAUCAUUCCGCCGGGUUCUGGGAUCUGCCAUCAGGUGAACCUCGAAUACUUGGCACGCGUUGUCUUCAAAGGUGACAACAAUAUCUUAUACCCGGAUAGCGUUGUGGGACUGGACUCUCACACGACAAUGAUUAACGGUUUGGGAGUUGUCGGGUGGGGAGUCGGCGGCAUUGAAGCCGAGGCUGUAAUGUUAGGCCAAGCGAUUUGUAUGGUUUUGCCAGAAGUGGUUGGAUAUAAAUUGGUGGGAAAGCUUCCCUCAUAUGCCACGUCUACUGAUGUGGUGCUAACCAUAACCAAGAAUUUGCGUCAAAUGGGAGUCGUCGGCAAAUUUGUUGAAUUUUAUGGACCGGGAGUUUCGGAGCUCUCGAUAGCAGAUCGCGCGACCAUUGCUAACAUGUGUCCAGAAUAUGGCGCAACCAUUGGCUACUUUCCUACCGAUAAGACAACUAUUGACUAUUUGUUUCAAACCGGUCGAGAAGACAAUGUAAUCAAAUAUGCGGAAACAUAUCUAAAAGCAGUGAAAAUGUUUAGAAAUGAUUACAACAAUAGCAGCGAAGAUCCAGUUUUCACUCGAGUUAUUGAAUUGGAUUUGAAUACAAUUACUCCGAGUGUAAGCGGACCUAAAAGACCGCACGACAGGGUUUCCGUCUCACAAAUGAAACAGGAUUUUCAGAGCUGUUUAACUAAUAAAAUCGGUUUUAAAGGCUUUGGUAUAGCGGAUGAUAAAACCAAUACAACUAUUCCUUUCAUUUUUGACGGAAAGGAAUAUUGUCUCUCUCAUGGAUCAGUUGUAAUCGCAGCCAUCACUUCGUGUACAAACACAAGCAAUCCUUCUGUGAUGUUGGGUGCGGGUAUGUUAUGCAAGAAUGCUGUGGAAAAGGGUCUUACAGUAGCGCCUUAUAUAAAGACCUCGAUGUCUCCGGGCAGUGGUGUCGUAACCUUUUACUUGCGUGAGUCCGGAGUGACNAUAUUAGUCUAACAUU